AUGUUUGCAGCGCGCCGCUUGCGCUGGCCUCGCCCGCCUUGCGGACAGCCAUGCGCUCCCCGGCGAGCCUACUCGGCCUCCCUCCCGACCGGCGCCGUGUCCGCCGCAAGCCGUGUCCAGACCGUAGCGGAUCUCAAGGAAUUUCGGCCGGCUCAGCCCAUCUCGGACGUCCAAGUUUGCGGCUGGGUGCGCUCAGUGCGGAAAAGCGCCGGUGUCCGCUUCGUCGACGUCACCGACGGCUCCUCCAUGCGUCCAGUACAGGCCGUCGUCGACAAGUCCCUCGCAUCAGAGUUUGUCCCCCCUUUAACUACAAUCGCCACUCCGAGCCUUGACCUCUCGCUAAACGCUCCUCCCAGAAUUCGACCAGGAUCAGCAGUCCGCUUGCGCGGCACUUGGAAAGACGGGUCAGGUGUCGGGCGAGAUCAGGCCGCCAACCCCGACGCGAGUGAGUCGCCGGAGACGGAGCCGGCGGCCUAUGAGCUGCAAGUCGAACAUGUCGACAUCCUCGGCCCGUCCAACCCCCAGACGUAUCCCAUCCAAAACAAAUACCAAACCCCCGAAAGCCUGCGCAGCAUCUCACACCUCCGGGCCCGCACCCCGCUGAACAGCACCCUGCUGCGCUUCCGCUCAGACGCCACUGCCCUCCUAACGCAGUUCUUCUUCCACGAGCAGUUCCAGCAGACGCACCCACCCAUCAUCACCUCGUCCGACUGCGAGGGCGCCGGCGAGGCCUUCACGGUGCAGGUCCCCGGCUUCAGCGGCGGUAACGGCAAGGGCGGCAACCAGCACUUCUUCCGGGACCCCAAGUACCUCACCGUGUCGACGCAGCUACACCUCGAGGCCCUGGCGCAGGCGCUCGGCAACGUGUGGACGCUCUCCCCCACCUUCCGGGCCGAGCGAAGCGACACAUCGCGCCACCUAAGCGAGUUCCAGAUGCUCGAGGCGGAGAUGAGCUUCGUCGACGGCAUGGAGGACGUCAUGGACCUGGCCCAGCGGAUGCUCGUGUCGCUGACCGUCGGGCUGCGGGAGCGCCGCGCGGCCGGGGAGCUGCGCCGCAACCGGGGGGAUGCGCGCGAGCGCGCGGAGAAGCUGGCGUUUGAGGACCUGGAGAGCGCCGAGGUGCUCGCGCGGCGGUGGCGCGGCAUGGCGGUGGCGCGGCGGUGGCCGCGGGUGACGUACACCGAGGCCAUCGAGAUGCUGCGGCCCGUGGCGGGGCGCUUCGAGCACGAGCCGGUCUGGGGCGCCGGGCUGCAGUCGGAGCACGAGCGGUACAUUGCCGAGACGGUCGGCUACGACGCCGCGAGCGACGCCUACCGCCCCGUCUUCGUCACGCAGUACCCGCGCGCGAUCAAGGCGUUCUACAUGCUCAAGUCAGCCGACGCGCCGGCGGGCGGCCAGACGGUAGACUGCUUCGACCUCCUGGUGCCGGGCCUAGGCGAGCUUGCGGGCGGCUCGAUGCGCGAGCACCGCCUGCCGGAGCUCGAGGAGAGCAUGAGGCUGCACGGGCUGCCCGUCCCCGCCGCGCGCCAACCCGCCGGGAGCAGCAGCCUCGGCUGGUACCUGGACCUGCGGCGUUGGGGUUGCCCGCCGCACGGCGGCUUCGGCCUCGGCUUCGAUCGGCUGCUCAGCUACCUCACCGGCGUACCCAACGUCCGCGACGUAGUGCCCUUUCCACGCCACUUCGAGCGCUGUGACUGUUAA